AUGGCCUGUACCGCUCGGGUAUUGACUCGCUCUGCGAGGUCCCUGGCCUACAGGGGCCCUGGGCUUCUUUCUACACGCUCAUUUUCGACCUCGCCGUUCCGCUUCGUCCAAGAAGAUCCGGUGAUGCCUCCUCCCCCCAAGGAACUACGUGCGGAGGAUUAUCCACCCGUCCCUGAAUACUCGCCCGACCUUCUGAGCAAGGAGGAGCGCUCAAUGUACGAUAUGAUGUCUCCGGAAGAGCGUGCCGAAUUCGACGCCGAGAACCGUCGCACCGUGGCCGACUUCAACGAUCUCGACAAGCGCGCUGCCGCAUUCGCAGAGCUCGAGAAAAGCGUCAACCAAAUUGAGAAGGAACACGACCUCCGAUUCGAGGAUGUUCGCGACAAGUCCCGCGGAUUCUGGGCCGAAGAUGAGAGCGAUGAAUUGGCCUUGGUUGAAGACGGUGACGAAGAAAUUAACGAUGACGAGAUCACCUCGACGGCACAUGCCCAAAUGGAAUUGCAACGCGAGCUGCGCGAGUACGCCCGCAUCACGGCUUGGGAUAUGCCAAUGCUGAGCAAACUCGCCAAACCCUUUAACCUGCCCGCCGAAAACCAAAUCCUCCGUUUCCGCUAUACCUCCUACAUGGGUGAACAGCACCCUGCUGAGCCCAAGGUUGUCGUUGAGCUCGCCUCCCAAGAUUUGAUUCCCAAACACCUCACCGAAGCCCAGCGCCAGACUUUCCUCAAGUUGGCUGGCACCCGCUACAACCCGCAAACCGACGUUGUCCGAAUCUCUUGCGAACAAUUUGGCUCCAGUGCCCAGAACAAACGCUACUUGGCCGAUCUCGUGAACACCCUCAUUAAGGAAGCCAAGCAAGGUGACGCUUUCGCUGACGUCCCUCUGGACCUCCGUCACCACAAGCCCAAGAUUCGUCCUCGCUUCCCCGAUUCUUGGAACAUGACGGAGGCACGCCGGCAGCAGCUGGCUGCUCGUCGUGCGGAACGAAUUAGUGCCGCGAAGGAGCGGGAGGCUGUCGACGGCAACUCGAUUGUCGCGCAGGCUAUCCAGUCUCUCCCCUCGCUGAACCCGGCCCUCAAGGCCCAGGCAACCGAGGAGCGGGAGCGUGUUGCUGUUAAGGUCGGGGCUCGGAGUUCGAAAAAGCAGCCUCGACGAUGA